AUGGGUACAUCGAAACCAUGCAAUUAUCAAAGCACUAGUGAUGGUGGUAUUUGUUUAUGCAACGAAACCUAUUGUGAUACUUUGGAUGUUCCACAACCCAAUUGUGGUGAAUAUAUACUGGUCACAUCGUCGAAAGCGGGCAAACGUUUUGAUAUGACACUGGGCGAUUUGAUCGCAUCAAAUAUGUCCGAUGGAUCAAAUCGUUGGUUGGAAAUCGAUGAAAGCCGCAAAUACCAGAACAUAGUGGGAUUCGGUGGUGCAGUUACAGAUACAGUUUCGCACGUUUUGACCACUAUGACGCAAACGGUGCGUGAACACCUUUACGAAAGCUAUCUAUCACCCACAAUGGGCGCAGCCUAUCAAAUACUUCACAUACCGAUUGGUGCAUCGGAUUUCAGUCCAUAUAUGUGGGGCUACAACGAACAACCGGAACAUGACAUUCUGCUGAGAAACAUAACGGAACUUCAUCCGUUCGAUCGAAUACGUGCCGAUCAAAUCAAAGAAAUGAAACGCAUUGACACAUGGUCUAUAUCUACGGACAAUGAACUGUUGUCAGCAUCACUCGUAACGGGUAUCCCAAAUCUCGGAUGGAAUCUAUUGGACCAGCGACGAUGGAUUACCGAUUACUUGCGACCGAUGAUCAAUCAGAGUGGAUUCAAAAAUGUUAACAUUUUAGGUCUUGACGAUAUAAGAGCCAUUCUUCCGUCAUUUUGGUAUACAUUUCAACGAAAUGCAAGCGAUCAUCGUUUAGCGUAUAUUGAUAUGAUUGGCAUUCAUUGGUACUUUGAGGAUUUAGUCGAUAUUCAUUUAAUCGAUGUAAAUUUACAACGAUAUCAAAUCCCAAUCAUAUACACUGAAGGCUGUGAAGGUGCCUAACUCAAUCCUAAGGAUAUGGAACGUGGCCCAAUUUUAGGCUCAUGGAAACGGGGCCAAGCCUAUAUCAAACGAUUUAUCAAAAAUUUCAAUCAUGGCCUCAGCGGAAAUAUCGAUUGGAAUUUAGUGCUGGACACACAAAGUGGACCAAAUGUUUUUGGGAAUUUUGUCGAUGCGGCUAUCAUUUUUGAUGUCACAAAUCAAACACUCUACAAACAGCCCGUAUUUUAUGGUAUCGCACAUUUCUCCAAAUUUCUUCAAUCCGAUUGUACACGGAUCAGCGCUAAUCUUAGUUUAGUUAGUCGUUUAAGAGUUGUGUGCUAA